AUGAAAGCUCUGUCUCUGGCAGCAACCACUAACGACAAGCAGUCAUUGGAUGCGAAAUGCAAGGAAUGGCUCUCCAGAGCAGAGAAAAUCAAAGAAGCCAAGGAUUGGCGAUCCGCAAUCCGGAUCCAUGAGAGACAUGCAGCGGAACUACAGACACCGGUGUCUACGCGCACACUCACAACUCGUGAAGAGAUUAUCUUGCUUGAAGGCGCCAAGCUGAAUGGCUUUAUCUUUCCGCCAUGGGCAGGGCCUCCGAGUCUAGAAGAAUUCGAGCCUAGUGAGGGAGGGCAAUUAUUCAUUGACAAGCCUGACCUCCAUCUGUCUGACAAACAGAAGGACAUAUUUGAUGGGUGGAAGCGGCCUUCGGAGCUGUUGGCGCAUGCCGGCGGGGAUACGUCCGUGAUGUCCGUACCAGACAAAACUGAUCUGGUACAAGACGUCUUGACAGACUGCUCUGUUGUCGCCAGUCUCUGCGCUACAACCUCGCGAUCGGAACGUGGCCUUGACAAGCGCUAUCUCCCUGUGAUUUAUCCAUGCGAGUAUGACACAGGUCGCCCCAAGCCUUCGCCUUCAGGGCGAUACAUUCUUCGUUUUUAUUUCAACGGAUGCUUCAGGAAGGUAGUCAUCGAUGACCGUCUGCCGUCGUCGAAGACCUCAAGGUCACUUUACGUUGUUGAUAGAAAUAACCCCAUUUUUUUGUGGCCUGCGCUUGUGGAAAAGGCGUACCUAAAGCUAAGAGGGGGCUACGACUUUCCCGGGAGCAAUUCUGGAACAGACCUGUGGGUACUGACGGGUUGGAUACCUGAACAAGUCUUCCUACAUCAUGAGGAUGUGACUAGCGAUCAAAUAUGGAGGCGUCUCUUUAGAUCGUUUCAAUAUGGCGAUGUCUUAUUGACUAUUGGGACUGGGAAGCUAACUCAGAAAGAAGAGGAAGAACUGGGCUUGGUUAGUGAGCAUGAUUAUGCAAUUCUCGAUAUGAAAGAGUUCAAGGGCCGUCGGCAAAUGUUAGUGAAGAACCCAUGGGCUGGAGUCGACACGGCUAGUGGAAGGACGGAGAAUGCCCUUGCGUCAAACGCGCCUCAUGACCGAUCGUCACUCUCUCCUGGGACGUUUUGGAUGGACUGCGAGAUGGUCUUCCAGAACUUUGAAAACCUUUAUCUGAAUUGGAAUCCCAGCCUCUUCAGGUACCGCCAAGAUAUACAUUUUACUUGGGACCUCGCGGCUGGGAAGGGAGUUCCGGGCUGCUUCGUGAAGAAUCCCCAGUUUGCAGUAACCUCUGAAUCGGGAGGUACUGUCUGGCUGCUCCUCGGCAAGCAUUUCAGAACAAUUGAUCGACCCGGCUAUUCUUCAUCGGAGGACUCUCAAGCUGGGUUUAUUAGCAUUUACGUAUUCAAUACAGAUGGUAAGCGUGUUUGUCUAAGUGAUGGUGCGCUUCAUCGGGGUCCGUACGUGGACUCACCCAACACCCUGAUGAGGCUGGAAAUGCCGCCGAGAACAACUUAUACGGCAGUUGUCUCUGAGGAGUCGCUGCCUGCUUUGAGUCAGAAUUUCACACUAUCCGCUCUCUCGAUCUCCCCGGUGCAUAUCGCACCGUCACAGAAUAAAUAUACGUGUGUGAGUAAGGUCCAGGGUUCCUGGAUGCCUUCGACGGCAGGCGGCAAUGCAGAAUCAGCUCGGUACCCCACGAAUCCGCAGUUCACAUUAACGCUGUCGAAUGCCACCGAUGUUUCCAUUUUGUUGGAAUCGUCCGACACCGAACUUGCAAUACAUGCCAAGUUGUUCUUUUCGAACGGAAAGCGCGUGACUAGAGUUCGCAACCGCGACAUCAUCACUGAUAGCGGCGACUAUCGUCGUGGGGCGGCUCUUGCUGAGAAGAGACACCUGGAUAAGGGCGUGUACACGAUCGUUUGUUCCACGUUCGCUCCCGACCAACUUGGCCGAUUCACACUCUGGGUCUCAUCCAUGGUUCCAUGCGAGGUCAAGCCCCUUUCUUCCGAAGCAGCAGGACGGCGAGCAGUGUUAUCAGAUAUUGGUGUCUUACCACCGGGAAGAGACAGGAUGCUGGCGCCUUUGCAGGUCCCGCGACUUACCCGAAUAAAGCUUAUUGCGCGCAGUCGCCGUUCUACAAUCGGGAGUCAUCCCGUUGGCCCUUCACCAGUGCUGAUGACAGUUGAAUUGGGCCAAGGCCCCUACAAGGAGAUUCUGGCGACUUCAGAAGACGGCGAUCAUAGCGAUGCGAUAUCUGGAGUACGUAUUGAAGACUUCGACCUGCAUCCUUGUCUUGAAGACAGCCGUGGCGUGUGGAUUGUCCUUGAAAGGAUUGGAGGCCCCGGAGGUCAGGUAGAAGAUCACUUUGAGGUGGAAGCCUUGGCCGAAGAGCGAGUCGAGAUCGGAGAAUGGUUUGUCGAAGAUGCUUAA